AUUCGACCAAUCUAAGUACUCGGUGUUGAAAGGUGCAGUGACGAUCAAAGAUGGCUGCGCCCAUGUGAUCCCGGCGCGGGUGUUGACCUCUCUUAUUCCUCCUUGUCACCUGGGCCUUGUGGUGGCAGGCUGGGCACAAGGACCAUGCUGGGCCGGACCCUCCGAGAAGUUUCUACAGCACUGAAACAAGGCCACAUUACUCCAACAGAGCUCUGUCAAAAAUGUCUCUCCCUUAUCAAGAAGACCAAAUUUCUAAAUGCUUACAUUACUGUAUCAGAAGAGGUGGCCUUAAAGCAAGCUGAAGAAUCGGAGAAAAGAUACAAGAAAGGUCACUCACUUGGGGAUUUAGAUGGAAUUCCUGUUGCAGUAAAAGACAACUUUAGCACGUCCAGCAUUGAGACAACAUGUGCAUCAAACAUGCUGAAAGGUUAUGUACCACCUUACAAUGCUACAGUUGUUCAGAAGUUGUUGGAUAAGGGAGCUGUCCUGAUGGGAAAAACAAAUUUAGAUGAGUUUGCAAUGGGAUCUGGAAGCACAGAUGGUGUAUUUGGACCAGUUAAAAACCCCUGGAGUUAUUCAAAACAAUAUAGAGAAAAGAGGAAGCAGAAGGCCCAUGGUGAGAAUGAGGAUUCAAAUUGGCUUAUAACUGGAGGAAGCUCAGGAGGGAGUGCGGCGGCGGUAGCGGCGUUCACAUGCUUUGCGGCUUUAGGAUCAGACACAGGAGGAUCGACCAGAAAUCCAGCUGCCCACUGUGGGGUUGUUGGUUUCAAACCAAGCUAUGGCUUAGUUUCUCGUCAUGGCCUCAUUCCGCUGGUGAAUUCAAUGGAUGUGCCAGGAAUCUUAACCAGAUGUGUGGAUGAUGCAGCAAUUGUGUUAGGUAUGCUGGCUGGGCAUGACCCCAAAGAUUCUACCACAAUACAGGAUCCUGUUAAACCAUUUACACUUCCCACUUUUGCAGAUGUGAACAAACUAUGUAUAGGAAUUCCAAAGGAAUAUCUUGCACCAGAAUUAUCAAGUGAAGUGCGAUCUUUUUGGUCCAAAGCUGCUAACCUCUUUGAGUCUGAGGGGGCCAAAGUAAUCGAAGUGUCCCUGCCUCACACCAGUUACUCAAUUGUCUGCUACCAUGUAUUGUGUACAUCGGAAGUGGCAUCAAAUAUGGCAAGAUUUGAUGGGCUAGAAUAUGGUCAUAGGUGUGACAUCAACGUGUCUACUGAAGCCAUGUAUGCUGCAACCAGGCGGGAAGGGUUUAAUGAUGUGGUGAGAGGAAGAAUUCUCUCAGGAAAUUUUUUCUUAUUAAAAGAAAACUAUGAGAAUUAUUUCAUUAAGGCACAGAAAGUGAGACGACUCAUUGCUAAUGAUUUUGUGAAUGUUUUUAACUCCGGAGUGGAUGUCUUGCUGACUCCCACCACCUUGAGUGAGGCGGUACCAUACCUGGAGUUCAUUAAAGAAGACAACAGGACACGAAGCGCCCAGGAUGAUAUUUUUACACAGGCUGUAAAUAUGGCAGGUGAAAAUUUGACUUCUGCCAUCCCAGAACCCCAUGCAAAGGAACCAGAACAACUCCAUGUGACUUCAUUUUCCUAUUUACCAAUGACAAAUGAACUCGCUGGUAUCAUAGAAACAUUUGUUGUAACCAAGAGACCAUAUUGGACUUGAAACUUGGGAGGCAGUGGAGCAUGAUUUUAGUGAGAAAGUUUCAAGAUACAAGUAUAUUCAAAUGAAAAACUGGUAGGUAAUUUGGUGAGGAUGCCAAAGAUAGGAGGCCCAUAGCCUCCUCCCUUACCCCAGAUUCUCUAUUCCUUAUGGUUUCCUUACCCCCUUAGCUUUCUUUACAAGUGCUCUCUGUUUGUGUCCCUUGAGCCCAAAGAGACAUUAAUACGAAUCUGUAUUCAAUUUGAAAGAAAAUUUUACGAAAAUCAUAGAUUUACCUAACAGUCUAAAGUUUUAUCAUUGGAUUUGUCUUUGCCAGAAUACCAUUGUCAUCUCGUGUUGAUCAGGUUCUAAUUUGGCACUUACAUGUUACUGAUAAGAAUAUGGAAGCUGAAUUAUUAUUUAAUACAUUCACUUUGUUUAGUAAGGAAACAGUCUUUUCUAAAUAUGAAGUACCUGAGGGAAAAAAAUCUAAGUGGCAGAACCUUCUGCAGAGCCACUGGAAUGUUGCAUGGUAGGAAGUUAGCCUGUCUGUUACUUUCUCAUUAAUAGUUUUCUCUCCUCCCAGGAUCCUUCCACUCCCAAAUGGUCUGACAAGCUUUAUAUAAAAUCUUUCUCUGCCAGGCCCACUAGUUUUCUUAUAAAUCAUGACUCUGAAUCUGCGAAUGAGGAAGAAAUUCACAAGAGAGAAUUGCAUUUUUUUUUAUGACAAGGGAAAACCAUCUUCAUUGAAGGAGCUAAUAUGAUGUAAAAAGCAAAGAAUAAAUCUUUGCCCCAGUCUUUUUUUAAUGUGUGUAUAAUUUGAAGUGAAUUUUUUCCAAAGGAUAUUUGUCAUUUCUCUUAUUCCUGUAUCUCUGCUUGAGCUGCACUGAUGAUUUGAAUCUGGAAAUAGGGAAGUGAAACAUUGACUGUUCUCGCAUAAUACCCAACUAGCAUGAAAUAAUACCUAAUUUGUUUCUCUUUCUUCUCCGUCUUUACCCUAAGUCUAGUAGAUCUAAUUUUACCAAAUCAUUGUCUGGGAAUUUAAGUGGGAAAUGGUUUCUGUACCUCUGCUAAUUAAGUCCUGAAACUGUUAGCAAUUCUGAAAGGCGAAGGUGGGUGAAAGUGUAACAUGAGUUCCUUGAUAAGACACAGCAAAACAAAAAGAAGUUAGAUUCAACCACAAAAGCAUCAGUAGAGUGAAAGAAUGUGAUGAGAUCACAAAACCUGGCACCCCAACACCACCUAGAGCCCAGGGAGCAAGUGGGAAAGUCAGUGUUCCGUGUUGGCCCCCAGCAUUACCAAGAAAAUCGAUUGAAACCAGGGAGGCAGAAUGUUCUCUUUGGCUCUUUGCUACCAGGUCAUCAGGAACACAGAGGACCUUGAGCUGGCUAGAAAAGAGCCUGGUACCAAAAAGGAGCUUCUAAAAACGACAAGGAACAGUGACUCCUAUUAGGAAAUCACCUCUACCUUCUAACGUGGACAAGAAAUACCUUUAGGAUUUUAUUUUUUAUGUAUUUAUUUUUAAAGAUUUUAUCCAUUUAUUUGAGAGAGAGAGAAUGAGCAAGAAAGAGCCAGCAUGAGCGGUGGGGAGGCACAGAGGGAAAAAAAGCAGACUCCCCACUGAGCAGGAAGCCCAACAGCUUGAUCCCAGGACCCCAGGAUCACAACCUGAGCCGAAGGCAGACACCCAACCAACUGAGCCACCCAGGUGGCUCCCUUUAGGAUUUUAGACUGAAGGACUGUGAGGAGAACCAUUACAGGGCACCAGCAGGUAGAGCUCAGGGAUGCUGCAAACUGUGUCAUACCCUGCUCCAGUCAAGGAAAUGGAACAAGCUAAUGGAAUUUUCACAGUAGCUUCUGUUGAGAGAAGAUCAACAGUUAAGAUCAAGUAGUUAAUGAAAAUUCAUUAACUACUUUUGAUCUCCCUUUCCUCAAGCAUCUGAUUAUCUAUACCAAGGUUAAAUGUUCAUUGACUGUGCAAGCCUGGGGUAAGAUGUGUUCUAGAAGCACCAGAGGACAGUUUAGAGUAGAAGGUCUUGCUCAGUUAUUUCGUGACUUAAGCAGUGUGUACACUAGAACAUAAACCUGAAGUUUUAAUAAAGGCAAAUAAUAUGAGAAAAACCCAGCCAACAUUAAAUAAAAUUAUUAGAGGAUUUCAGAGGUUUUUUUUUUUUUUCAUUUCUUUUUCUUUACACCUCAAUGGAAUAUAAAUCCAGAAGGAUUUUAGGCAAUUUAUUAAAAACAUAUUAUUAUGAUGGUAUAAAAGUAAAUAGUUGAGGAAAUCAGUAAAGUGAUAAAAGUAACAAGAAAGGACAAAACCAGGAAUAAAGUUUUAAAAUAAAAAGGCUUCUCAAGGUAUUUAUGUAGAUACUUAAACCUGUGUAGUAUGACACAGUGGGAAAUUUUCCAGUAGCUUACCUAGUGAGUAAGGCCACCAGAUUUAAAAAUCAAAUAAACUUGGGUUUGAGCCCUAUUAUUGCCAUUUACAAGCUGUGUAACCUGUCCGAGCUUCAGUAUCCUGACUGAAUAAAGAGAUAAUAUUUACUCCAAGGGAUGGUUGGGAGGAUUAAAUUUAAAUGAUGUGCUGAAAGCACCUAGCAUGAUGCCUGCUAGACCAAGCACUUAAUAAUUUGUAGCUGUAAGUAAAUGCAUACAAUUAUAAACUUAAGUCAUUUUCCUAUGCAGUUGACCCUUGAACAACACAGGUUUGAACUGCAUGGGUUCACUUACAUGUGAAUUUUUUUAUAAGUACAGUACCGUAAAUGUAUUUUCUCUUCCUUAUGGUUUUCUUAAUAAAAUUUUCUCUAGCUUACUUUAUUGUUAAGAAUACAGUAUAUAAUGCAUAUAACUGCCCAAUGCUCUGGCUUCCCCUGAGGAUAAAGUUUAAAAUAUCAGAAAGAACUGAUGGCCUGCCUAUUUCUAAAGCAAUUUCCAUGAGCUUUUUUUUUUUUUUAUAAAGAAUUGGAUAAUACAGCAUUCAAAGACCUGAAGGUCUUCCAAAGGCCAGUCAAAUUAAGAGCAAGACCAACAUGCUUUUUUAAGAAUGAAGCCUCCCAACUUCCCUAAUUUGGGGAAGGAAACAGGCAUCAAAGUCCAGGAGGCACAGACAACCCCCCUCAAAAUCAAUAAAAAUAGGUCAACACCCCAACAUCUAAUA